CCCUAUAUACGUAGUUUUUUUACCUGAUAAUUUCUUUUAAUAAUAAUAAUAACAAAUAAAAAAGAAAAAAAUGUUUUCUAGAUCAAAAUUAAAAAAACGUGCACAAACUUCAACUACACUCCAAUUUGCACCUCCAAGUUGGUUAACUGGUAUUUUUGAACGAAAUUCAAGUAAUACACCUUUACCUCGAGAUUUUUCCGAUGAGAAUUGGAAAAAAUCACUUCUUCAAAAAAUUAUAAAGUCUAUUUCUACUGUACCAUAUCUUUCUCCUAAAUUACUGUAUAUAUUCCUAUGUGCUGGUUUGGGUUCAUCCUUACCGUACCUUCCUAUCUUUUAUUAUUCCUUAAAUUUGAAUCCUUCGGAAAUUGGUAUUGUUUUCUCCGUAGCCCCAUUAAUUUCUGCUAUAAGUUGUCCGCUUUGGACAGGAUUAGCUGAUCGAUUUCAAGCUCAUCGAUCAAUUAUUGUUACUAUCUACAUAUUAGCAACUGCUGGAGUUGUAUCUCAAAUGUUUUUGUCAAGGUUAGAUUUAGAUACGGAUAAUAGUUUACACGCUUUUAUAGUUGCAUGCGUUUUUAUUGCUGCUUUGUGGUUUGCCUUCUUUGGCAUACCAGUAAAUGCUUUGGUUGAUAGUGGUGUGUUGAAGAUUUUGGAUGAUAAGAAAGAACUUUAUGGACAACAAAGAUAUUGGGGUUCUAUUGCAUACGGUUUAAGCACUUUAGGAGUCGGAUUACUUUUGGAAAAAUUUGACAACGUAAACGUUAUCUUUUACUACUUUUUUUGUACCGCCAUCUCAUUUCUUAUUGUAGUCAUUACUACUGAUUUCAACUCAACUUCCGGUGAAAUUGACAUAGUACCGACACAUUUUAAAAGUAUACCUUUUAAACCUUUAAUUGAUCUUGAUGAUGAAAAUGAUAUCGCUUCAAGUUCUGCAGCAUAUAAUCUAUCUGCCAUUAAUCAUUCUUCAAACGUUGAAGAAUCGGAUGGAGAAGAUUCUUCUACAGAUGAUGAAGAUGAUGAUGGAAUUCCGAUACCUGAUCUAGACAUUUUAGCUUUUCCUUCUACUACACCUAGUAUACCAACGACUGAUAAUCCAACUUCAGCAAUAAAAACUUUAUUCACGACUCCAACUGUUGUAACUUUAUUAAUUGUUAUGUUACUAAUGGGGAUCGCCCUUUCAAUGAGUAAUUCAUUCUUAUUCUUAUUUCUUAAGAAUGAUUUGGAAGCAAGUUCAACUAUCCUUGGUAUAACAGGUCCAGUUAGUGCUGUAACUGAAUUAUUAUUCUUUUUUUAUUCCAAAGAGUUAAUCUCACAAUUUGGUAUAAAAUCAUUGAUAUUACUCGCUCACGUUGUUACAAUUAUACGUUGUUCAACAUAUCUGUUUUUACAACCUAGUAUAUUCUCUCACAUAGCUGUACUUAUCGUACAAUUAUUAAAUGGAAUUGGAUUUUCAUCAUUAUGGGUUAGUGGAGUAACUCAUAUUGCAAAUAAUACACCUCCAAAUCUUGUAUCAUUUUCACAAGGAGUUAUGUCAGCACUUUAUGCUGGUAUUGGUACGGGACUUGGUAGUUUAUUUGGGGGAAUAUUAUUUGGUAGUUCAGGAGGACCAAAAUUGAUGUUUGGAAUUGUUAUUGCAAUAACUAUAUUAAGUAUGAUAUUAUAUUUGUGGGGUGAAAACGGAUUUACGCAUUUUAACAUUAUAAAUAAAAGGCGGAAUCAUCGUAUUAGAUCACCAUGGCAAGGUAGUUAUGGUCAAACUACUAUUGAAAGACCAAGAAGUAUUCUUUCCGUUGAAACCGUACCAAGAUCUAUUACUACUAAAAAAGGUAGAUAUGAGUUAAUAUCCACUGAUGAUGAUGAUGAUGAACAGUAUCAUUAUGGUGUAUUUGGCGAAAAUAGAAUAUAAAAUGAUGUAGGGAUGUAGGAAAAAAAAAAAAAAAAAU